AUGUCUGAGAGAACUGCACUUCACUUGUCUUCUUUACUGAGGAGUUCUUGCCUUUCCCCGUUGGAUAUUUUUCAAGCCAGGCAAACCCACGCUCAAGUUCUCGUCCAUGGCUUACUUUCUCAUGUCACCCUUCAAACCGAUCUCUUGUUGGCCUACUCAAAGUGCAGGUUUCUUCAAGACGCUCGCCAAGUGUUUGAUAAAAUGCGUGACAUAAACAUGCACUCGUGGAACAUUUUGAUUUUUUCCCACGUGCAGAAUUCCAUGUAUUCUGCUGCUUUGGAACUUUUUGAUGCGUUUAGGAAGACGGGUCUUCGACCUGAUCAUUAUACUUUGCCUCCAUUGUUUAAGGCGUGUGCGGGAACUGGAGAUGGCUUUCUGGGAAGAGUGCUUUAUGGUUGGGUGAUUAAGCUUGGACUAGAGGGAUGUGUAGUUGUGAACAGUUCAUUCUUGGAUUUCUGUGUUAAAUUCGGAAGUAUGAUUGAUGCGAAAAGGGUAUUUUCUGAUAUGUCGUGUAGAGAUACUGUGGCAUGGAAUUCGAUGAUUUCGGGGCUUGGAAGAGCUGGUUUCUACAAAGACGCGUUGAAUUGUUUCAGAGAAAUGCUUGAAUCAAGUGUGAAGAUGGAUUCUAUGACGAUUCCUAGUGUUUUAAAUGCGUGUGGUGGAGAAGGAGACUUGAUUAAAGGGAAAGAAGUUCAUGGCCAAGUAAGUAAGAAUCUCUUGUAUGGCAAGGAUGUUGCUAUUGGGAAUUCAUUGAUUGAUAUGUAUGCAAAAUGUGGAUGCUUGUAUUAUGCAGAAAAAGUUUUCAGGAGCAUAACCAACUUGAACAUAUUAACUUGGACCACAAUGAUAUCUUGUUAUGGACUUCAUGGCAAGGGAAAGGACUCCUUGCUCAUAUAUAAGAAAAUGGUAGAUUGCGGAUUCAAACCUAACUGUGUUACACUAACUGCUAUUUUAGCCAGUUGCAGCCACUCAGGUCUCAUAGAUGAAGGUUGGAGGAUUUUUAAUUCCAUCAGUUCAGUUUAUAGUUUCGAACCAAGUGUAGAGCACUAUGCGUGUAUGGUGGACCUUCUCGGUCGUUUUGGGUACCUUGAGGAAGCACUAGGGUUGGUAAAGAAUAUGAAGGUGAUGGCACCAGCAAGUGUCUGGGGUGCCCUACUUGCUGGAUGUAUGAUGCACAAAAAUGUGGUGAUAGGAGAAAUUGCAGCAGAUCAACUUUUCAGAUUGGAAUGUAGAAACUCGAGCAACUACAUAGCCUUGUGUAGUAUUUACGAUUCUCUCGGUAUGCAUAAUGGUGUUUCUUUUAUUAGAGCCAAAAUGAAAGAUCUUGGUUUGGUUAAAACUCCUGGUUGUAGCUGGAUAAUCAUUUCGGGGACACUUCACAAGUUUUACCAAGGAGAUCAUUCUCAUCCUCUCAGUGUGCUGAUAUAUGAAACAUUAGAUGGAAUAAUUAAGGUAGCAUCAUUAGGCAGAGGUUGCUGGGAGGGAGACUAG